GGCGAUUGGGCUGCAUCCUGCCCCCGGGCCUUAGUUUGCCUACCCCUGGUCUAGGGUCUAGAGGCAUGUGCAGUAACUGUUUGGUUUGUUAGAAAAGGUGUAAUUUGAGGCACAUUUAGCCAGUUCCAGAUGUUGUCUAACUUUGCUUAAUAUUUGUUCGCCAGUCAAAGGUAUGCCAUCUGUGUAAAUGUCUCCGACCCUAAAUAAAUCUAUUUCUCCAUUGUUCACAUCAAAGAGCUGCUCUCUGCUUUGAAGUGCAUCGUGGCAACAGAAUCUGGUUACCAUCCAGGCCCUCUUGACCUUUGAGGAGGUGGCUGUGUUUUUCACGGAGGAGGAGUGGGCUCUGCUGGAUCGUGGCCAAAGAGCUCUGCACAAGGAAGUCAUGGAGGAGAAUUAUGAGAUGGUGGCCUCUCUAGAUUCAGACCUCAGUUCCUGUUGGGAAGAAGAACAAGGUCCAUUCCUCCAGGACCCCAAAGAAGGAGAGACCUCAGCAGGUAAUGGGCAGAAGAGUGAGAAUUAUGGUGAGCCAUCUGUGGUGUCUGUAGAAAAUGUGGGGCAUGAAGCACAGAAAGAGACCUUUGUAAAUCAACGAUCACCUGAAAAGCAUGUAGGAAAUGUGUUGAAGAACUGGAAAACCAAAUCCCUUACUACUCAGGACACUGAUGUCCGUGUAUCACUGAGUCCACAGGAAGAAUUCACAGGAAGUAGCAGUGUGGAGUGUGGAAAGAGCUUCAGUCAGAGUGGAAGCAUUAGUUUACAUCAAAGAACCCAAGCAGGGGAGAAAGUGUUUCAAUGCACGGAAUGUGGAAAGAGCCUCAGUAGUGCUGGUAACCUUGUCAAGCAUACAAAAACCCACAAAGGAGAGAAACCAUUCAAAUGCAUGGAGUGUGGAAAGAGCUUCAGCCAGAGUGGAAACCUUAUUGCACAUCAAAGAACCCACACAGGGGAGAAACCAUAUGAAUGUAUGAUAUGCAGGAAGAGUUUCAGUCUCAAUCACCAUCUUACUUUACAUCAAAGAAGCCACACCGGAGAAAAACCAUUUAAAUGUAUGGAGUGUGGAAAGAGCUUCAGCCAGAGCGGAAACCUUAUUGCACAUCAAAAAACCCACACAGGGGAGAAACCAUUAAAAACUAUGGAGUGUGGAAAGAGUUUCAAUCUCAAUACCCAUCUUUCUUUACAUCAGAGAAACUGCACAGGGGUGAAACUGCAUAAAUGCAUGGAGUGUGGAAAGAGCUUCACUUGUAGGAGUGCACUUACAGAACAUCUACGAAUCCACACAGGAGAGAAACCAUAUGAAUGCAUAGAUUGUGGAAAGCACUUCCGCAUUGGGAGUGUCCUUACUUUACAUCAAAAAACCCAUGCUGGGAAUAAGCCAUUUAAUUGUAUGGAGUGUGGAAAGAGCUUCAACCAGAGCGGAACCCUUACUGCACAUCAAAGAAUUCACACUGGGGAGAAACCAUUUAAAUGUAUGGAGUGUGGAAAAAGCUUCAGUCAGAGCGGAAGCCUUACUGCACAUCAAAGAAUUCAUACUGGGGAUAAACCAUUUAAAUGUAUGGAGUGUGGAAAGAACUUCAGUCAGAGUGGAAACCUUACUUUACAUCAAAGAACUCACACCAGGGAGAAACCAUUUAAAUGUAUGGAAUGUGGAAAGAGUUUCAGUCUCAAUCACCACCUUACUUUACAUCGAAGAACCCACUGCACAUCAAAGAACACUUACAGGCAAAGUGAACAUGAGAAGUAACUGGCCGACUUAUAGAGAGCUGCUAACCGAAGUGGAAAAUCAGUUAAAAUUAAAAUAUUUUGAAGAGAUAAGGGAACUAGUAACAGAUUGGUUACAGUAUUUUCUCCCCCCCCCCAAUAAUUUUUAUUAAGUUUCCAUUUGCCAGAUUAAACAUAUCAUACCAAUUAGUCCAAAUUAUAUCAAUACAGAUCAUAAAGUCCAAAUGUUUUCCAAAUUAAAUUUUUUUGUGUGGGGGGUACCCAUGCUUCUCGAUCGUCAGGAAUCCAAACAUCGAAAUUCGUGCUGCUUUUCCUCACUGCAAUGAUGUUUCCAGUCACAUCUUCUCAUCUUUGUCAUUAUUCAUUUUCCUUUUCUGUCACCUCCGAGUUUUCUCCACAAGUGGAUUGAAAGGAACAGUCUUAUUUUGUCUCUGUGUGGGUUUUGUAAUGCUCUCUCGUAUGUCUCUCACAGAAAUCCAACAAUCAAGUUUUCGAGCAGACACGCCAUCUUGUCAUUCCGAUGAAAUACAAUCUAAAUGUCCACUUGUUUACUUUCCAGACCCGCUGCCUCAUAAUUAGUCUUCCAGGAGGAUAACAGCCCUUUCAGAUUUACGAUUCCAGCCUGAUAUCCAAGCGGCUCUUCCUCCCUAGACCAUCCAUCUUGCAGCCAAAGUCUGCCUACGCAUCGAAACAUUUCUUGCUGCGUCACCGAGAGAGACUCACUUCUUUCCAAAUCUUUCACAAACAUAUUAUUUUUUCCACACAGUUCAUUUUCUCUCCCACUUGCAAAUUGGUCGUCGAGACGGUUUUUUAAGGCGGAGGGUUAUUAAAUACUCACAUAAAAAUAAAAAUAAAAGUCUCCCCCCCCUUUCGUACCAUUCCACAUACCAACAUGUCGGCCGUUCUCUGAUGUUAUCACUGUUCCUUCCGUCCUUCCGUCCCGAUCUUCUCUCAGUGGUAAAAUUAUUAGCAGAUAAAAGCAUUCCUGACUUCUCUUGAA